AUGAAGAUCCACCCUGAGCCCAAUAAACUCAACGUGGCCUUGCCAUACGAAGUCAAAUAUUCAUCUAUUCUAGCACAGUCGAACGUCAAUCGACAAAAGAUUCUCCGGCGACUGCCCCACAUAUUCCAGAUGGUUCUAGAGCUUCCCUUCCACUCAGACACCAACAUUUCAAUCUCCGAAACCCCAGAUUCCUUCAGAUUCUCGACUGCCGCGAAUCACAUGCGUGGUGAUGUCAUGGCUGACACAGUCAAGAUCUGUCCUGGGGUUUCAAAAAUCGUUAUAAAAGGGGUGACAGGGAAUGAAAUCGGGCUCGAUUUGUGGCGGUUUAGGCUGCCAGAUAUGGACGGAGGCGAGUAUGAGGACGGCCACCUGGUGGUGACUGUGCCGAAAGGCCCGAAAUGGAAAAGGAGGUGA